CCUACCACAUCUACUUGGAAACUGUAAGUAAUAUUUCUCUCUCUUUCUCUCUCCUCACAAAAUUGAGAAUCAUCUCCAUUCAAAAGUGGUUGUCAACUUGAGCACAAUUCAACUGUGUUGUUAAGAUACUUAUUUCCGAUCCAGAAGAGAUUCAUCAUAAGCUUUCAUAUAUUUAAUUCCAUAUCUUCCCUCCAUAUGAACUUGAGCUCUUCAAUUUUGAGAAGAUGGAUCAGAUGGGUGGGACAACGAAUGGGAGGGUGUCACUAAGAACUGAACUAGCCGAGAUAAGAAGAAGCUUGAAAAGUAGCUCAUCAGACAAUGAUAGUAAUGACGUUGAAGAUGCGUCGCUUUGGGCAGCGAUCGAGAGAUUGCCGACAUUUGAACGAGUGAGAUCGUCAGUGUUCGACGACAUUAGCAGCAGAGGAGAGGUCAAGGAGAAAGGGAGAAGAGUCGUGGACGUUACUAAGCUUGAUGAUCAAGAGCGUCAUCUCUUCGUUCACAAACUCAUCAAGCAUGUUGAGAGUGACAAUCUCAAGCUCUUAAGAAAAGUUAGAGAGAGAAUUGACAGGGUUGGUGUGACAUUUCCGAGUGUGGAAGUGAAGUAUAAAAAUGUGCAUAUUGAGGCUGAGUGCGAGGUUGUUCAUGGGAAAGCCAUUCCAACACUUUGGAAUUCUCUUCGAACCAAGCUUUAUGACAUCAUCAAAUUUUGUGGUGCAAAGUCCCAUGAAGCUAAAAUUGACAUAAUUGAGGAUGCCAGCGGUGUCAUUAAGCCAGGGAGGUUAACUCUGCUUCUUGGGCCUCCAGGAUGUGGAAAGACCACACUACUAAAAGCCCUCUCUGGAAAUCUUGACAAAUCUCUCAAGAUGAGUGGAGAAAUUUGUUACAAUGGACACAAACUUGAAGAAUUUGUCCCACAAAAAACUUCUGCAUACAUUAGUCAGAACGAACUCCACAUUGCUCAGAUGACUGUUAGGGAAACUCUCGAUUUUUCGACUCGAUGUCAAGGCAUCGGAAGCCGAGCAGAUUUGAUGAAGGAAAUUAUUAAAAGAGAGAAGGAACAAGGGAUUAUUCCGGACUCUGAUGUUGAUACUUACAUGAAGGCCAUUUCAGUUCAAGGAUUAAAACGAAACCUUCAUACGGAUUAUAUACUCAAGAUUCUUGGACUUGAUAUUUGUGCUGAAACUCUAACUGGAGAUGCCAUGAGAAGAGGUAUUUCAGGUGGUCAAAAGAAAAGAUUAACCAUAGGGGAAAUGAUUGUCGGUCCAAAGAGAGUCUUGUUGAUGGAUGAAAUUACAAAUGGAUUGGACAGUUCCACUGCUUUUCAAAUUGUUUCUUGUCUGCAACAUCUAGCUCAUUUUACAGAUGCUACAUUACUUGUUUCUCUUCUUCAGCCAGCUCCCGAAACCUUCGAUCUCUUCGAUGAUCUAAUCUUGAUGGUGCAAAAGAAGAUAAUAUAUCACGGUCCUCGCGAUCAAGUUCUUCAGUUCUUCGAGAAUUGCGGGUUCAAGUGCCCCGAAAGGAAAAAUGUCGCAGAUUUUCUUCAAGAGGUCGUCUCGAAAAAAGACCAGCCACAGUAUUGGUAUCGACACGACGAAGCUCGCUACACAUAUGUCUCGAACAAUACAUUUUGUAGGAUGUUCAAGUCAUCGAGUUUAGGAAGGAAGCUCGAUGAGGAGGUCUCGCAACCUUAUGACGACAAAACCAAAAGCAAGAGAAAUGUAAGUUCUUCUUUGGGUGUAGACAGUGUUUCUAAAUGGCAAGUGUUCAAAGCUUGUGCAUCGAGAGAAUUCCUCCUCAUGAAAAGAAACUCAUUUGUCUACGUGUUCAAAACUAGUCAGCUCUUCUUCCUGGCUUCGAUCGCAAUGACGGUUUUUUUGAGAAGUCAAAUGAAAGUUGAUCUUCAACAUGCUAACUACUACAUGGGAGCCCUGUUUUAUGGACUCAUAAUGUUGGUUUUUAAUGCGGUUCCAGAAUUGGCAUUGACAGUUCAAAGACUAGAAGUUUUCUAUAAACAAAAAGAGUUGAAGUUUUACCCAGCAUGGGCUUAUGCAAUUCCAGCUGCCAUUUUGAAGAUCCCUUUUUCACUUGUUCAAGCAUUAGUAUGGACAUCUCUUACUUAUUAUGUCAUUGGUUAUACCCCUGAAUUCAGCAGGUUCUUUCGACAUUUUCUUGUUUUAUUUGCGGUCAAUAUAUUGUCAUUAUCGAUGUUUCGACUACUAGCUUCGGUGAUCCGAAGCAUUGAUGUUGCUCCCUCAAUAAGCAGUUUUACAUUAUUGCUAAUCUUGACAUUUGCUGGCUUCAUCAUCACACAUACCUCCAUGCCAGCUUGGAUGGAAUGGGGAUUUUGGGUUUCUCCUAUUAGUUAUGGAGAAAUUGGCCUUUCCAUCAAUGAAUUUCUUGCUCCAAGAUGGCAAAAGAGGCAAAGCACGAACACGACGAUAGGGCAUAUAAUUCUUCAAAGUCGAGGACUCGAUUUUCAUCAAUACUUCUACUGGAUUUCACUCGGAGCCCUGUUCGGAUUUGCAGUACUCUUCAAUGUUGGAUUCACAUUGGCUCUAACUUUCCUCAACUCUCCUGGAUCGUCUCGCGCAAUCAUCUCAUAUGAAAAGCUUGGACGAGCGAAGAGCAGUGAGGAUUGCAAUGGCGGUGCUAAUUCUGUGGAACAGCAAGCUGCUUCUCCUAAGGCCGCCAUAGAAUCGAGCAAAGGCAGAAUAGCGUUGCCUUUUACACCUUUAACAGUAGUGUUUCGAGAUUUGCAUUACUAUGUGGACAUGCCAGUGGCAAUGAGAGAAAGGGGUUUCACCCAGAAGAAACUCCAGCUCCUUUCUGACAUUACAGGGGCUUUAAGGCCCGGCAUCCUCACAGCAUUGAUGGGUGUUAGUGGUGCUGGGAAAACAACUCUGCUUGAUGUUCUUGCAGGAAGAAAAACAAGCGGAUACAUUGAAGGAGAAAUAAAAAUUGGUGGUUUUCCUAAAGUUCAAGAAACAUUUGCCAGGAUAUCUGGUUAUUGUGAACAAACUGAUAUACAUUCUUCACAAAUAACAGUGGAAGAAUCUUUGAUCUUCUCUGCCUGGCUCCGCUUGGCAUCUAACAUCGACUCAAAAACAAAAGAACAAUUUGUCAAUGAAGUCCUUGAGACCAUUGAACUUGAUAGCAUAAAGGAUUCCUUAGUUGGCAUACCUGGUGUCAGUGGUCUAUCAACCGAGCAGCGUAAACGAUUAACCAUAGCUGUGGAGCUUGUUUCCAACCCCUCCAUCAUCUUUAUGGAUGAGCCGACCACUGGUUUGGAUGCAAGAGCAGCUGCAAUUGUCAUGCGAGCGGUCAAGAAUGUGGUUGAUACUGGAAGAACAAUAGUUUGUACUAUCCACCAGCCGAGUAUCGACAUCUUUGAAUCAUUUGAUGAGUUGAUUCUUCUUAAAACUGGUGGUCAUGUGAUCUACUAUGGACCACUGGGACGACAUUCAAGUAAGGUCAUAGAAUUUUUUGAGCAAGUUCCUGGGGUUUCAAUGAUUAGAGAAAACCACAAUCCUGCAACUUGGAUGUUAGAGGUCACCUCUUCAGCUGCAGAAGCUAAACUUGGCAUAGAUUUUGCUCAAGUGUAUAAGAACUCUGCUCUGUAUAAGAAUAACAAAGAAAUUGUGAAGCAGUUGAGUACUCCACCUCCUGGUUCGAGAGAUUUGCAUUUUUCAAAUGUCUUUGCGCAAAGUUUUGCAGGACAGUUCAAGGCUUGCCUUUGGAAACAGAACUUGUCAUAUUGGAGGAAUCCUUGUUACAACUUAACGCGUAUUUUGUAUACAAUUGCAUCAUCUUUGGUUUUCGGGACACUAUUUUGGAAGCAUGGAAAGAAGCUAGAAAACCAACAGAACUUAUUCAAUAACUUUGGUUCGAUGUACUCAUCCGUAAACUUCAUCGGCAUCCACAACUGCGCAACAGUCUUUCCUAAUGUAUCAAGGGAGAGAACUGUCAUGUACAGGGAAAGGUUUGCUGGUAUGUAUUCGUCAUGGGCUUAUUCACUUGCACAGGUGAUUAUUGAAGUUCCCUACAUAUUUGUACAAGCAGCUGCCUUUGUAAUUAUCACAUACCCAAUGAUUGGAUACUACGGAUCAUCAUCCAAAGUAUUUUGGUGUUUCUACUCCAUGUUCUGUGCACUUCUCUACUUCAAUUAUCUUGGGAUGCUCCUUAUCUCCGUCACACCAAACUUUCAUAUUGCUUCCAUUUUGGCCUCUGCCUUCUACAGUACCUUCAAUCUCUUCGCGGGCUUUCUCGUUCCGAAACCGCGAAUUCCAAGAUGGUGGAUAUGGUUUUAUUAUAUGAGCCCAACAUCAUGGACUUUGAAUUGCUUGCUAACUUCACAAUAUGGAGACAUAAACAAGACAUUGAUGGUGUUUGGAGAAAGAAGAACAGUUUCUGGUUUCUUGAGAGAUUACUUUGGGUUUCACCACAAUCAACUUCCUCUUGUGAGACUCAUUCUCUUCCUUUUUCCUCUUCUAUUUGCUUCUCUUUUUGGACUUUUUAUAGGAAGAUUGAACUUCCAGAGAAGGUAAAACUGACCAAUUUCCUUGCACAUUCCUGGGUAGAAAAAGGAAAUCAUUUAUGUUUGGAAACAAAAGGCUAAAAAUAUAAUAUAAUUUGGUUCGCUAUGUUUA